UCCAUAUUUAAAGGACGUUAAUUUCGAAUUAUCUUGUAAAUUUAGCAGUAAUAAUUAAUUUUAGAUAAAGAAUUAUUGUGCACAAGUUAUUCUUUAUACAUAAAGCUAUUAAAACAGUUUCUGCAUUUGUCAGUUCAUGUAGAUGCAAUGUCACUGUAGUUAAACUUUAAAAAGAUAGUAUUACUUAACGUAUAAGUUCGUCGGGUAGAAAUUCUUUUUCACUUUAGUUAACGAACACUAAAAGUUGCAUAAUUAUGGAUCAUAACAUAACUCAUUCUGUAUUUAUAAGACGUUUUUGACAAGUUUGAAUUAGUAUAUGUAAUGAUAGUAAAAUGUUAACAGAAAUCGGAUAGCAGGGACAAAAACAAAAAAUGGACAAAAAGAAGGGAUACAGUCUUGAUCAUCCGAAACGGUCAAAAGAUAAAGAAGUUUACAUAGGCGGUGCCUAUGACAACGGAACCUAUGUUUCUGAUGAUUCUAGACAAGGUCAAGGUGACAGGUACCCUAAAUCAAACACUGGUUCAUCUGUCGAAGAUCCUCAGUUUGGAACAUUUCGGCCGAGUUCAGAGACUGGUGACAACAAAUAUUCCAAUACGUCAUCGUCAAAACGUACAUGUAUAGUGAUAACCGUACUCAUAGUGGCACUGAUUGUCGUCAUCGCAGCCGCCGGUGCUGUCAUUGCUGUAAUAUUACUCCGAGACACAGAUGAAAGUUUCUCAGAAUCGAAAACUAUGGAAAGAAUAGUCCAGAAAACCGUCAAGGGAGAAGCCACUAUAAAUACUAAGAACUGGACAGAUACAUAUGAAGACAAAAAUUCAGUUGCAUAUAAAACCUUAGAGUUAGAGUUUAUUGACAUGGUUGAUAAAAAGUUACUUGAAAGUUCACUGGCGGACAAGUACAACAGAACUAUUGUAAUAAAUAUGAGAGAAGGGAGUUUCAUCAUCGAAUUCGAAUCUCUGUUUAUCACAGCACUAAAGAUAAUGAUAGCAGACGGUGACAGUCUGGACAGAACAACCCUAAGACCCAGUGACGGAAGAGGUGAUGACCCGGACUUCAACCUGAAUGUCGAUGUCGAUAGAUUCCAAAAGCUCAUUAAAGAAAUCUCACAAAUUGACGAUGCCGUUGUUUCAGAUUAUGAUGAAUGCAUGUCAAAUCCAUGUAAGAAUGGAGGCACGUGCUACGACGGCGUGAAUAAAUUUACUUGCACGUGUACGGCAAGUUACACAGGAGUUACUUGUGAAGAUGAUCAAGAAAAUUGCCAAAGUAACCCCUGUUAUAAUAACGGCACUUGUAUAGAUGGAAUUAAUGACUUCACGUGUAAAUGUUUGCCCGGAUAUACAGGAAAAGACUGUUCGGAAGAUAUUGAUGAGUGUGAAGGUAAAUUUUGUGGCCAUGGUAACUGUGUUGAUGAAGUGAAUAGUUAUUCUUGUCUAUGUGAAGAUGGCUGGAUGGGACAAUAUUGUGAUGAGGAUUAUGAUGAAUGCAUGUCAGAUCCAUGUAAGAAUGGAGGCACGUGCUACGACGGCGUGAAUAAAUUUACUUGCACUUGUACGGCAGGUUACACGGGAGUUUCUUGCGAACAAGAUGAAGAAAUUUGUCAAUGCAACCCCUGUCAUAAUGGCGGUACUUGCCAAGAUGGGAUCAAUGGCUUCACGUGUAAAUGUUUGCCCGGAUAUACAGGAAAAGACUGUUCGGAAGAUAUUGAUGAUUGUGAAGAUAAUUUCUGUGGCCAUGGUAACUGUGUUGAUGAAGUGAAUAGUUAUUCUUGUCUUUGUGAAGAUGGCUGGAUGGGACAAUAUUGUGAUGAGGAUUUCAAUGAGUGCAGAUCUGAAAACCCAUGCAAGAAUUGGGCUACAUGUCAAAAUAUUGAAGGUUCAUAUUUGUGUAUUUGCAAAUCUGGCUGGGCGGGUCAGAACUGUGAUAUAAGUAAGUAUAAAACUGUAACAACAAUAACAAGAGAUACGAGUACAACAUCAUCCACCGUGACUACAGCUAAGCCGACUUAUAAAACUACCAUGACUACAACUAAGCCGACUUAUACAACUUCUACCCAAGAUUGUCACACAGCUGACAAGUUUGUGUAUCAGAUUGAUGGAGUUAUUCUUCUACCCUAUGAUAACAAUCUGAAUGAAUAUGAUUCACCUCAAUCUAAAGAACUUGGUGAUAGGCUGAUAGGUUCACUGCGCAAUGCAACUAACUUGUAUGGUUUAACAGUCUGUGAAUUGAAUCUAAAAGGGUUCUAUCCGGUAGACCAAUCUUCAAUACCUUCUCCACUUAACACCGAUAAGAAGACAGGCUUUACAGUCACCCUGAUGUUAUUUUCCUCCAUACGAGAGCAAGAUGUUAUAUAUUUAUUCAGUCUUUUUAUGUCCGAUCAAUUUAUUUUUACGUCCAUGAUCGAUUUUCAAAGUAGCGAAACAUCAACAUAUCCAACUACCGCAACAACUAGCUCAUUUGUGACCUAUUCAUUUAAUAUGACAUAUGUGGAAGUGUUCACUGAGGAAUUAUUGAACCCUGCAUCGGAAGCUUUCAGGAACCUCAACCAAACAUUAUCUGGCCUUUUCUUGGAAGCUGUAAAGGACCGAAAGCGAAUGAGUAUCAGUGGGGUUUGGGUUUUCAAUUACGUCCCGACUUAUUUUGACUACCCAAACCGGAAUGAUCUGUUCAUCAGUGCUGAGGUGCUUAUCUCAGUCCCAGCCAACACAAUCACUAUCCAUGAAACAGCGUACUACUUCUCUCAGGCUGCUCUUCGAUCGGGCAUCUUGUUUUUGAUAUCCUUUAAAGUAUAUUCCAACCGACCAAUAACCCCUGUAAUAUCAUCAACAUCAACAAGUACAACAACAAUAUCUACAAUAACAACAGCCCAACAGAGCAACAAUAAAACUGUAACAACCAAUACAAGAGAUACGAGUACAACAUCCUCCACCAUGACUACAGCUAAGCCGACUUAUAAAACUACUACACAAGAUUGUCACACAGCUGACAAGUUUGUGUAUCAGAUUGAUGGAGUUAUUCUUCUACCCUAUGAUAACAAUCUGAACGAAUAUGAUUCACCUCAAUCUAAAGAACUUGGUGAUAGGCUGAUAGGUUCACUGCGCAAUGCAACUAACCUGUAUGGUUUAACAGUCUGUGAAUUGAAUCUAAAAGGGUUCUAUCCGGUAGACCAAUCUUCAAUACCUUCUCCACUAAACACCGAUAAGAAGACAGGCUUUACAGUCGCUCUCAUAUUAUUUUCCUCCAUACGAGAGCAAGAUGUUAUAUAUUUAUUCAGUCUUUUUAUGUCCGAUCAAUUUAUUUUUACGUCCAUGAUCGAUUUUCAAAGUAGCGAAACAUCAACAUAUCCAACUACCGCAACAACUAGCUAUCCAAGGGGUACAUGUAACCAAAACACAUCAUUUGUGACCUAUUCAUUUAAUAUGACAUAUGUGAAAGUGUUCACUGAAGAAUUAUUCAACCCUGCAUCGGAAGCUUUCAGGAACCUCAACCAAACAUUAUCUGGCCUUUUCUUGGAGUCUGUAAGGAACGAAAGCGAUGAUCAGUGGGUUUGUUUCAUUAGUUUAAUCAAAUGCGUCCCGACGUAUUUUGACUACCCCACCCGGAAUGAUCUAUUCAUCAGUGCCGAGGUGCUGGUCUCAGUCCCAGCCAACACUAUCACUAUCCAUGAAACAGCGUACUACUUCUCUCAGGCAGCUCUUCGGUCGGGCAUCUUGUUUUUGAUAUCCUUUAAAGUAUAUUCCAACCGACCAAUAACCCCUGUCAUACCAUCAACAACAACAACAACCACCACCACCACCCAACAGAGAACGGUUCCUGUCAACAACUGUAGGGACAAUGAAUAUCAAUGUCUUGACGGAACAAAGUGCAUACCAGCAUCAUAUGUUUGUGACGGGUGGAAAGAUUGCCCAGAUAGGGAGGACGAGAGAGGCUGUGACUGUCCUGAAUCAUACUGUAAAUUAGACGGUGACUGUAUAUCAGAAGAUGUUGUAUGUGAUGGCGUGUUUGAUUGUGAUGACAAAACAGAUGAACAAGGGUGUCCAGUUGUUUGUACUCCUGAGCAGUUUACAUGCAGGUUAAUCAAUGAGUGUGUUGAUAUCAGUUUGAAAUGUGAUAAUAAAAAAGAUUGUAAGGAUGGGACAGAUGAAUGGUUUGAUUGUUCUCCUUUAUCAACACCGUCCCUUCCACCAAGAGAAUAUGAGAUUCGUUUAAUGAAUGAAGGUGUUGAUACCACAAGUGAGUUAUAUGGGCGUGUUGAGGUCCGUCUUGUGGUUGAUGGUAAGCCGGUCAGUGAGUUUGGGACAAUUUGUGAUGACAGUUGGGAUAAACGAGAAGCAACUGUAUUAUGUAGAUACCUUGGUGCCAGUUAUCCUUUCAACAGUUUUGCAUACAGUCAAGCGUUAUUUGGUGAAGGUAUUGGUCCAAUCUGGUUAAGAAACUUUCAUUGUAAUGGUGAUGAGGAGAAAUUAGAAGAUUGUAAAUCUUCAGACUGGGGUCAAACACAUUGCUCUCAUCUACAGGAUGCCUCAGUAUCAUGUGGUGUUGAUCGUCAUGCUACUACAACGACAACUUCAACAUUAAGCACAGCGGACACAACCCAACCAUUAACAACAACUCCGUCUAUCCCAGGAAGCGACAUCCGUCUUGUUGGCGGACAGAACUGUUUGGAAGGUCGAAUAGAGGUUUUAUAUGAUGGUGAAUGGGGUACAGUGUGCAAUAAUGGGUUUGGUAACAUUGAAGCACGCAUAGUUUGUAAGGCAGUUGGAUUUAGCACAUUCGAGACAUUUGAAUCUAGUUUGGAUUAUGGGAAUAGCACAGGGCCCAUUCUUUUGUCUUAUCUAAAUUGUCGUGGAUAUGAACGUAGCCUAUCUGAAUGUAAACAUUUAGGCUGGGGUGUACAUAGAUGUAGUCAUGGUGAAGACCAGGGUAUUCGAUGUUUGGGGGAUCCAGACAUAGAUUGUAGGACAGAGCCCGGUGUUCCAGACGUUAACUGUACCUUUAACAGAGGUAGAUGUGCGUAUCAUACAGAAGUGUUAUCCGGAAAUGUGAACUGGUGGUGGACAAUAUCCUCAGCAUUUGACAUAAGUGAUUCAACCAAUAGCACAAGUUCAACAUCCGGGCGAGUAAUGGUUUAUCAAAAUAUAAUGGGAUCUGAGGGUGACAAAGCAAGAAUGACAUCGCCACUUUUCUCCCCGACAUCAACUGAAAUGAAAGUAGAAUUUUAUUACCUGCUUCGCGAACCAUCAUACAACGAUCUAACCUUUAGCCUUAAUGAAUCUAACGAUAUUAAGGAAGAUGGAGAAGAUGGUGGUAGAGUAAGGAAGAGAGCUGAUCAUGAAGAUAAUGAAGCACUUGAAACGGACAUAACUUGGAACAGUCUGUACGUUCGUCGAGACCAAGAAAACCAGUGGCUUUAUGAAUGUGUUCAAUUGACUGAUCUGAAUCAGGCUUCAAAGUACUCACUAGCAUUCACAGCCAAGCGUGGUCCAAAUCCAUACCCUUUUGUAGCAUUAGAUGAAAUAUUAGUAGCUGAAGGACGUUGUUCUGAGAGUAUACUGGAGGGGAUGUGUGACUUUGAUAAACCGAGGUCUUGUGGAAUGACAGUAGAUUGUUCUAAUUGUGACCGGAAAAAACCCUCCUUCAGUUGGAUUUGGCAAAGCAACGUAACAAAUACAGGCGUGAGGAUGGCACAUGGCCGAUUUAUGAUGGUAAAUUUUACUUUUGGAAGUGAAGGUGACGAAGCCGUUAUGAGUUUUAGUGUUCCAUCUCUACAUAACAGACCAGCAUUCAACUUCAAAUACAAUGCUGUAAGGCAAUACAAAGGGAAUUUAGAGAUAUUAUUGUAUGUGAAUGGGACAUUUCAUUCGGUGAUAAGUACUAUUAGUAAAAACAGUAAAUCGUGGUCGAAAAAAUGCAUACAAUUUCCAACUGAUAUAGACAGUGAUGAACCUGUGACAAUUGCAUUUAAAGUUGUACAUGGAGGUGGAAGCAAUGAUUAUAUUGCCGUAGAUAAUGUAGAUCUAACUGCUGAACAUUGUCCAAACCCGGUUUCGACUUGCAAUGAGGAGACACCGCAAUGUGGAUGGGUGACUAAUUCAAAUCGUGUUCCAUUUCAGUGGAAAUAUUUCAAAGAAGGACAAGUGGGUUCAAGUGCUGCCAACCUUCGACUUGUUGAUGGUCCCGAUCCAAGUAAAGGGCACGUUGAAAUAUUGCACAAUGACAUUUGGGGCCGUGUAUGUGAUGACGGCUUUGGAACCGCUGAGGCAACGGUUGUUUGCAGAAUGCUCGGAUAUCCAACAGAAACUGUUGAAUAUCUGGAAGAAUCAACUUAUGGUUACACAUACUGUGUACCUAUAUGGUUAGAUGAAUUAUCCUGCACUGGUGAUGAAGAAAGUCUUGAGGACUGUGUUCACAAUGGCUGGGGAAAAACUGAUUGUACUGUAUCGGAACAUGUAGCAGUACACUGCUUUGGCACUCCUUCAGGUUCAAAUGAAAUUGAAAAGAAUGUCUUUAUGUUGUCGGACCAAAGUGAUGCCAAUAUAAAUUCGUGGGCAUCUCUUUCAUCAAGUGACAUCACACAUACAGGCGGCGAGUAUAGAUUUGUCUUCGACAUGUUCAAAGCUGGUUUUGAAUUAAUACAGGUAUGGUAUCAAAUUCAAAACAAAACACAUAUUUUAGACAAAAUAUUUGAUCCAACCGAUUCAAAAGUGAGAUACUGCGUGGAUUUUGCCGAUAUUACGGGAGAAAUUACAGUUGGGCUUACAGCAUUUAAAACAUCGGUAUAUAACGUUAAAACCUCUGUGGCAAAUUUUUCAUUGGAACAAGGGCAUUGUAAAGAAUCCCCUAUAAAACGAAACUUCACAUUUGAAAGUGACUAUAUGUUUUAUGGCUACGAAGUUUCAAUGGACGAGAAUGUUUGUGAACAAAGUUAUAAAUGGGGACGGGUACAGGCAAAAUACAGUUAUGGUAUAGAUAUAGACAAAACUUUAGUGGAUGAAACAGGACAUUUUAUGUAUGUAAACCUCUUAUACGCUGAUGCGGGACAUACAUCUGACUUCGCUCUAAAACAAAUCACAGCAGAAGAGUCCAGAGGAUUAUGUAGUCUUAAAUUCUUCUAUUUCGUGAAUGGUGUAACUAGGCAACGUUAUUUAGAAUUGGUCGUAAAUACAAAGGCCAUAAAUCUAAUCGGUAUACCAAAAGUACAUACCUGGUUCUCUGGUUGCGUUGACUUGGUAGACACUUGCGGUGAAGAUCCGGGAUCAUUAGAUAUAAAGUUCCAAGCAGUUCAUGUGGAAGCUGGUAUCGACGACAUUGUUCUGGCAACCGAUUCAUGUCCAG